UCACAACAUUUACCUUAGGCUCCCCCAGGUGUAGAACAUCGGGGGGUGGUGUGCUGUGGGUGCGGAAAUCCAAUCUUCGGCGUACGUCACAAGUGUGUGGAAUGCAUCGGGUUCGACCUGUGCCAAGACUGCAUAUCCGUCGUGUCGCUCCGUUCUCAACAUGAACACACCCACACGCUCUUUCCGAUCGAGUAUCCUUGGGACCAUCGCCCAUUUCGUGAUUUAUCGAUAGUGCUGCAUAACAUUCAUCCCAGUGUCGGAUGUGAUGGCUGCCGUCGACGGCCGGUCAUCGGUGUACGUUACAAGUGCUUCUCAUGCGACGACUUUGAUUUCUGCUCUGCAUGCUUCAACAACAUCAAGAGGCGUUCCGCACACCAUAUCUCUCACGAGUUCUUUCCCAUCCGAAGCCCAGAAGAAGAAGCGAAAUUCCUUGCCGCGCGAGACAACGCUCAAACUCCUCCAACUUUCACGGGAGACCAUGGCCUGCUCCAUCCCCGGAGAGAUGUGACAGGAUGCGCCCCCUACGAUGGGACCGGUCGACGUUUCGACGUAGUAUGUAGCAAAUGUAGUAGACUCCCCGUCGAACACUGCUGCGUCGACUGUGGUGGCGACUAUGGACUUUGUACCGCUUGCGGCUUGCGUGUGCGAUCCGCAUGUCCGCAUGUCCCACAACCCUCUACAUAAAUUCACGCCGCUAGAGUCGUCUGCGGCACGGCUCGAGUCUGAACCACGUCCAUCCUUGGAGCACGACGACAUUGUGAGCCAGACCAAGUGCGGCGGCUGCCGACGUCGCAUCUUUCGUAUCCGACAUCAGUGUCUCGAAUGCCCCGACUUUUUGCUCUGUCAGCUCUACAUCUCCUCUCUCCAACGGCGCUCAGAGCACGGAAUCAGACAUCGGGUUUUCCCUGUCGAGUACCCGUGGGAUGUUGGCGCCUUUGAGACUGUCUACGCUACAUUGGAUGCACCGCGCUGUCGAGGUUGUGGCGUCAAGACCUCGUCGGGCUGGCACAAGUGUCUUUCAUGUCCGGACUUCGCCCUGUGCUCGUGGUGCAUGUCGGACCUAGACGUGCAUCUCAAGCGCGACCUUGGACAUCCCUUUUUACCUUACACAUCACACUCCGGGUCUGGAGUCGCCGAGCACGAAGCUAGGCGUCAGCAGUUCGCCACAUACGGGAAUUUUCUUGUCCUGCCAUACUCCGGCUUGGAAGGUACUAGCUUCGGCUCGGAACAUGAUAGCUCCUCUGACGGCGUAAGUCUCUCAACCUCAGUCUGGAAUAUUUCCUAUGUUCGUCCACUGAUGCCAAGACUUGAUUCUCAUUCAGGCUGCUACAGAACACAAAUCGCUUGUGCAGUCAAGAGUCUUCUUUGAGUUAUCGGGAACAUCUGUGUGUUUCUCAUGCGACUAUUUUCCGUGGACAUGCACCACUCCGCUGGUGGCAAUCCCUUAUUUCAUGAAUCCGCAGCCCACAGAGCUCAGCGAUCUCAGCGGGGAACGUGCCCGGGACGCCAUCUGGGGCAAGAUACGGAUGGCCGCCCCUGGCAUCAUGCCUGCCAACAACCUUUUCCAGCCCGAGCACCCAGUCACAGGCGAGACCUACACUCUCACUCCUCUCACUCCUUCCACCGUCCCUCUCCAGUGCGUACACAUUGGCCAAGGUGCAAUACCCAAUACACUCGCUGACAUCCCUUGCGACCUCCUGCCAAUCGACGAUCUGCUCGCCAAACUCAACAGUGUCCUUGGAAUGUUGUGUACGCUCGACACCCCUGGUGUUCGUGACUGCUUGGAGUACGCGAUCGGCGGUUCACACGAUUUCGGGGAGGUGUACGGAACACUGCGCUCGGAGUGGUCGGGCUGGCGGAGGCCUGAAGACCCUGCCGCGGCACUUGCCAGGAUGAAGAAGCGUCGUGAUGAGGUCCAACGAAGGCGGGACAACGCCAUUCGCGGCCAUUCCAUCCAGAACUCGCGAAUCCCUCCUCGACGUGUGUGGAACCUGUACAGCAACCGAGUCCUCCCAUUCCAUGUCAUGCCUUGGGCAAAUGGCGAGGGCGAGGGGUGUUUGCCCGAUGACCUGUGGACGGUGUCGCACAGCUGGGUCCGCGAACAAGACCGCGAGUAUGUCAUGACCGUGAUUAACGGACGCCAAUGGCGCGUCCCGAUUCCGCACGGCAUAUCACUCGACCACAUCCGCAUCGAGCUGCUCAACAUGGGCGCCGAAUAUGUUUGGCUAGACGUCCUCUGUUUAUGGCAGGAGGGCAUCAAGGACGACGACAGAGCUCGGCUCGAGGAAUGGGAGCUCGAUGUACCCACCAUCGGUCACAUCUACCAAGCCGAGCCAGAUGAGAGACGGUGCAUCACGUAUUUCAACGGCUUGGGGUUGCCAUUCGAUCUGUCGCCAGCAGUUGUCGAGUCGGAUCGGCACUGGUUCAGUCGCGUGUGGACCGUGCAGGAGACGCGGAAGAGCUGGCUACCCGGUGGACUCACUGUGACGCCUCACGUCGAUAGCCCGGGGUUCUUUUCUCGGCUGCAGGACGUCUUGCGAUGUCUGCGGAGAUUCGAUGCCAUUCGAGCCAUCAGGGAUCACCAUUGCACCACUGAACUCGACAGGAUCGCCAGUCUCGCUUAUUUCCUGGAGUGCAAGACGCUGCCGCUCUAUGAUCAGUCGGCUUCCUCAGAGUCUGCAUGGUUAUUGCUCAUCAAGCACAUGGAUGCAUGGUGGCGGGCAUCCCUUGUCUGCCAAUACGAGUCUGACGUGCCGUUUGGACUCUUCGUCUCAUGGACCACGUUCCUCGGACUGACGUCGCUACCGACGCUAGAGUUAUUUGCGCCAGAUUUGGAGCUGGUGGAUCCUCUGGACGUUCACACCAAUGAGCCAGGGCAGUAUUGGCAUACCCCACCUGCUACCGAGCCGUGCUGCAUUGUAUCCCCACCCGAUGACACACACCAAGGCACCGGACCACAGACGCUCCAACUCCACUUCUACGACCGCGCUGAUCCUAUUACUGCGCAAGUCUCUGCUACCAGAACACAUGGAUGUCUUGUUCCACAUGUUCCCUAUCGCUUUCUCACUUCUGCCGGGUUGUUAUCGGACAUAGCGGCCUGGGUUGCAGUUGAGGUGGUCGGAGAGCGGGACUUGCAAGACGAGAAAGCACUUGAGGUGAUCAAGGGGGGUGUCAUUCUUAUGGACAGACGCGAGGGUAGGAGACUCAAGGAGCUAGGAUUAGGGAGUGAAGAGACGACGGUGGUUUACUUGUCAAGUGAGGAUGCCCUGGCCAGGAGCGGGCAUGUCGACAAGUACAUGGAGGCAUUUAACAGGGCGAGAAAGAGCCAGAAGACGCAGAACGAGCCGUAAUGUAUUUAGUUAUGCGGAGCGAGAGUGUAUAUCACAAUUUAUGAGCCUACAGAUCGCAUAACGGGGUCUAU